AUGAGGGGAAUUACUUGGCCCAUACACAGGGGAAGUGGCACCAGACGAACUUGGCCAAGGAAGCUGCUCGCGAGGCCAAGGAAGCAUCAGCUCAGCCUCAGCCUCACAAGCAGAAAGUCACUCUCCGAAAAUCAGGUGCUGGAGGUCGAUACAGCUGUAAGGUCUUUGACAGUAAUAUGGGAUGGAAACUUGGUCGUGGCUGCAAACAACCGUGGAACAUGCUAUGUUUGGCGCCUGUUGCGAGGAAUGCAAACUAUGACCAAUUUUGAGCCACUUAAUAAGCUGCAAACUCAUGAUGGAUAUAUUGGCCAAAAAUAA